CGGGAAAAUCCAAAUGAGCGGUACCAGACACUUCCUAGGAUGCAAAUGUGCAUAGAAUAGAGUGAUAAUGACCAUCAAAUGUUUUUAUGUAUGUUAAUAUGAUGAAUAGUCAUUCGUACAGUAGACAUUGGAAUGGGGUCGGUGACCCUGUACAUCCGUUAUCACGUACUGGACAUUCAGCAGUAUCCCAUGGACGGUACAUCUAUGUUUUAAAUGGUUACGGCCCUUCAGAUGAUAAAAUGAUACUUUUUGAACGAAUCGGUUUAACACGAUAUGAUAUUAUAACAAAUUGUAUAGAAUGUUUACCUAUACAUUGGGAUAUUAAAUCAUUACAAGAUCAUAUGUUCAAUGAAUUAAUUCUAUUAACAUCUGGUAAUAGUGCUGUAUUAUGUCCAGAAUUAUUAAAUAGAAAUAAUGAAAAACAAUCAGCUUGUAUUUAUACAUUUGGAGGUUUUUCACUACUAGGUAAUAUUCAUUUAAAUGCAUUAUGUCGAUAUGAAUUAACUCAUACUAAUCUACCAAAAUAUAUAACUAAUGCUAAUACUAAUACUAAUACUAAUACUACUGCUACUACUACUACUACUACUACUACUACUACUAAUAAUAAUAAUAAUAAUAAUAAUAAUAAUAAUAAUAAUAAUAAUAUAACAUCCACUGGUUUAAGACCACAUUGUUGCCAUGCAUCUGUAAUUAGUGGACAUGGUAUUUUAAGUUAUUUAGCAUGUUUACCACAAGAUAUAACUGGACAUCAAUCUAUUAAUUUAACAAUGUUAAAAUCAUUACAAAGACGAUUCAAUUAUGAUUAUUCAAGUAAUAUACAAUUAAGAAAAAAUACUAAUAAACAUUGUAAUAAUCUUUUACCAUCACCACGUGAUAAAUUUUGUAUGGAAUAUUAUAAUGGUAAACUUUAUCUAUUUGGUGGUUAUGGUCCACAAUUUAAACCAUUAUCUCUAUGGCCAAAUCAAUUUUAUCAAUGGCCAUAUUUAUAUGAUCCAAAUGAUAAUCAAAGUUGGAUUAUAUGUGAUAAUAAUGGUGGAUGGAAUAAUCAAUUAAUUAUUUAUGAUAUUCAUCAAAAUCAAUGGAAUUUAAUUCAUCAAUUAAAUGUCAUUGGGAAAUUUCCAACACCACGUGCAGCUCAUUGUUCUAUUAUAUUACCUAAUCAUGGUUGGUUCAUUAUAUUUGGUGGUCGUGGUCCAUAUACUAAUAAUCAUAAUCAUAUAAAUACAUCACAACACUUAUCAGAUUAUCGUAUGGGUAGAUUAAAUGAUAUGUAUUGUUUUAAUAUUAAUUUAAUGGAAUGGACUAAAAUUUUAACACCAUUAGAUAUACCAAAUAUAAUAAGUAAUCAUUAUAUUAAACAACCAACAAUAUCAUGUAUAUGGCCAUGUGGUCGAUCUUGGAUGAAUAUGAUCGCUAUCAAUGAAUCAUUAUCUAUACAGAACGAUUCUUCUUCUUCGUCUUCUUGUUGUUGUUGUUCUUCUUCUUCUAAAUAUAAACCAAUGAAUGAAAUGAACAUUCAAUUAUUUCUACAUGGUGGUUAUUCUAAUGAUGAAAAAUCAUUGAAUGAUGCUUAUUUAAUAAAUAUUCAUUUAUGUAAACAAUAUAAACAAUUAAAAGCUGAAAUUAUUCAUUCUACAAAAGAGGUCAAUAUUAUAUCUAAUAAUAAUAAUAAUAAUGAUAAUAAUGACAAUGCUUCUUAUUUAAUGGAUUUAAAUAAACAACAAAAUUAUUAUAUUGAAUCAUUGAAUCCAAUGAAUAAUGAUACGGAUUCAAAUAAACCAACUCUAAUAAAUGGUUAUAUAUGUUCACAACAACAAUCAAUGGAUGAUAAGAAAUAUAUUAAUUUAAAUGUGAAUUCAUUUGGAGAAAUUUUAUUCAAUGAACAAUUGUAUAUAGAUUUAAUUCAAUUGUAUUAUUCAAUAGAUUCAAAUUUGAUGACUGAAUUAUUUGAAGCCAAUAAUCAUACUACUUAUAAUAAUAAUAGUAGUAGUAAUAUGUUAGAUAAUUUGAAUUUAUUUUUACAUGAUUUCAAUUAUCAUUUAUAUAUGUAUCAAAAUUCAUCUUUUACAGUACAUAAUCAUUAUAAUUAUCAACCUGAUAAAUGUAUAAAUCCUAAAGAAACAUUAUAUCGUAUUGCUUUAUUACAUACUAUAUUUGUACAAUAUUUAAAUGAAAAUUAUUGUUUAUAUACUAUCAAUAAACAAAAAGAUAAAGAUUCAAAGAUGAACUCUACUACUACUACGGUUACUAGGACCAAUCAACUUAUUGAAGAUUUGAAUAAUAUAUGUGAUAAUUAUCAAUCUGAUUUAGAAUUUACUCAAAAUUCAAUAUUUUCUACAUUAAUAAGUAUGUUUCUUAAAUUUAUGUUACCAUGGCAAAUCAUUCAAAUGAUGUUACAAGAAAAAAAUAGUUGGUUAACAAAUGAAUAUCGUUUAGAAUUAAUACAUAAAUUAAUACCACAAUGCAAUAUGUAUAAAAAACAACAUUUAAAAAAUUCUUCAUCAUUAUCCAUAUAUCAAUUAGAUGUAAAUAAUCCAUUCAUUCUUAAUAAAUUAUUAUUAUUAAUGACACCAAAUCAAAUACAUAAUCCAAUAAAUUAUUCUACAUAUAGUGAUGAUCGUUUAUUAUCAUAUAUACAACAAACAAUCAUGUCAAUAAUAAAAUGUUAUCAUAGUCAAUCACCAUUUUAUAUUGAUAUUAGAAAUACUCCUAUGAAUGAGAAAUUCUUUUCUUCAUCAUCAUCAUCAUCAUUUAUUAUGAUGAAAAUAUUUAAUAAACCAAUUCAUCGUCAUUGGCAUACUGUAACAUUAGGUUUAGAUAGACGUGUAUAUGUUAUUGGUGGAGCUGGUCAAAAAGCAUUAGAUAUACCAUUGGAAUGUUAUAAUUUAAAUGGACCAAUUCAAUUAACUAUACAAUGUUCUAUAAAAAUAACUAAACUUAUUUUAUCUAAAUUUUUAUAUACCAUAGAAUAUGGUUUAUUAACAAUGAAUAAGAAUCAUAAUGAUAAUAAUCACAGUAUGAAUAAUGAUGAUGAUAAUAAUAGUACUACAAUCUUUCCAUAUUCUUGUCAUUUAAAUAAAAAUAAAUUAAAAAUGGAUUAUUUAAAGAAUUUAGAUGAAAAUUUAAAAAAUCUUUUAAAUUAUCAUGUGAAAUACUUAUUAGAAGAAUGGUUAUUAUAAUGCAGAAAUAUUAUUUCGUUCAAAUGAACUGUGAAUAUAACAUGUAGAUAUUGGAAGUAACAUUGAUAUAUUUCAGUAGUAUAUUGUUAUUUAAAUCAUUUAAUGUACAUAUUUGAAAUAAACAAGAAUUGGAUAGAACUAGAAAAGAAGGCUCAGGAUAGAGUGAGUUGAAGAAUGAUGAUCGGCAGCCUAUACUCCAUCUAGGAGUAAUAGGCAUAAGUAAGUAACAUAUUUGUAGUUUCAUCAACUACAGCAUGGAUUUGUGAUAAUUCUUUUAUUCCAAAUAAAAUGUUCAUCAAUUAAAAUGGAGUAUAUCAUUGAAUUAAGUUGCUUGACCUUGUGUUUGUUACUAGCAGUUUGACAUUGUACAAUGCUUGUAUUAUUCAUAAAUAUACAACUUAUCAUUUUUA